UCUCUAACCACCAAAACCGCCCAAAUUUCAUGUCCUGCUGAAUCCGAUCAGGCCAUCUGACGAGCUGCAGCGAUGGCGGACCCGAAUCUUCGUUCAGGCAGUGGAAGCUCUGAUGCCCGGAAUAUCCGCUGCCCGCACUGCGCCGGUCCCCUUUCGAAAGAAAUGGAGACUAGCGAGUGGACAGUUCCCCCGUUUAUUAGAGACAGCUUUUCUAUGAUAGGAUCAGCUGUCGGCGGCACUGCAGGAGCGUUUUACGGCUUUAACCAUGCUAUGCCAAUUGUAAGGAAGUGGAUUAAAGGACCAAUGUGGUUGCAGUUCCUCAUUGGUGCGCCACCAGUCAUUGUUUUCUCUUCAGGAUGUGCUGGGUUAGCUGGUGGUUCCAUUCCAGCCCUGGCUCAACUUGCAUCCUCAUCUUAUCAUGCCAUAAUAUCAUCCUCCCCGGCUCCACCUUCGUCCUCAUAGCAUCGGAAAAUUACAAAACCCCAAGUCAUUAUUGGCUGUUCGUCAUAAAGCAGAAAGGAAGGGUUCUCAGAGGACUGCUAGAAUGUAUAUUUUGAUGGUCUGUUGAUUGGUUUACUUAUGGAUUUGAAUGCCGUAUGUCUCUCUCAAAAAAUCAAUGGGCUUGGUGCCUGUAAUUUAGUAAUUGCAUAGGCUAGGGAAUGUAUUGUCACCAACAGUAUGGUAAUAUACAAAACUCUCUGUUCUGUUUGUAUAAAAUAGGAUAAACCUCAUAGCGUGAAUUGUCAGGCGAAUAAUCUUCUUGUAAAAUCCGAGCAAUUAAAUGCUCCAAAAUGUCAUUUAAGUACCUUUUUGGCCAUAUUGAUAUCCUUUUAUACCA